AUGCGCGUUGCUGGCCAAGCCCUCUUUCUCCUGGCGGGAGCCCUCCUGGAGGCGCAACGGGUUGGUGCGCUCUCUGCUGCUGAGUGGAGGAGGCAAUCCAUCUACCAGGUCGUGACCGACAGAUUCGCGCGGACCGACCUCUCGACCACAGCGCCCUGCAGUGCGGGAGACGGAAUCUACUGCGGCGGGACAUGGCAGGGUCUGAUCUCCAAGUUGGAUUACAUCCAGGGCAUGGGCUUUACGGCGGUGUGGAUCUCACCCGUGGUCAAGCAGGUCGAUGGCAACUCGCAGGAUGGAUCUUCCUACCAUGGCUACUGGGCACAGGACAUCUGGGCCCUCAACCCGGCCUUUGGCACCGAGUCCGACCUGGCCGAGCUCGCAAGAGCGUUGCACGACCGCAACAUGUAUCUCAUGGUGGAUAUCGUGACGAAUCACAUGGCCUACAUGGGCUGUCGCACUUGCGUCGACUACACAAAGUUCAGCCCCUUCUCAUCGCAAUCCUACUUCCACACGCCCUGCGCCAUCGAUUAUAACAACCAGACAUCCGUCGAGACCUGCUGGCAGGGAGACGACAUAGUCAGUCUGCCCGAUCUGCGCACCGAGGACGAAUCCGUACGCAGCGUCUGGAACGACUGGGUCAGCAGCCUCGUUUCCAACUAUUCGGUCGACGGCUUGCGAGUAGACAGCGCCAAGCAUGUCGAGACCUCGUUCUGGAAAGACUUCUCGGCGGCAGCGGGCGUCUAUCUGGUGGGCGAGGUGUUCAACGGCGACCCCUACUACGUGGCGCCAUACCAGCAGCACCUCGACGGCCUGCUAAACUAUCCCAGCUACUACUGGAUCCUGCGAGCAUUCCAGUCCCCGAGCGGCAGCAUCAGCGAGCUCGUCUCGGGCCUCAACACGCUCCGAGCUGCUGCCGCCGACCUCAGCUUGUACGCAUCCUUUCUCGAGAACCACGAUGUGGCCCGGUUCCCGUCCUUCACCCAAGACAUGGCACUCGCAAAGAACGCAAUCGCCUUCACCAUGCUCAAAGACGGCAUCCCCGUCAUCUACCAGGGGCAGGAGCAGCACUAUGCCGGCGGCGAGACGCCCUACAACCGCGAGGCGCUCUGGACAUCGGGUUACUCGACCACCUCGGAGCUGUACCAGUGGAUCGCCAAGCUCAACCAGAUCCGGAGCCGCGCGAUCAGCCAGGACGAGACUUACCUGACGUCCGACAGCCAGGUCAUCUACUCGGACAGCCACAGCAUUGCCAUGCGCAAAGAGUCUUCCUCGUCGUCGGGGUCGCAAGUCGUGGCCGUCUUCACCAACGUCGGAUCUUCUUCCUCUUCGUCGGCCACCGUCACCUUGUCGUCGUCCGCUACGGGCUUCGGGCCGAACCAGGCCCUCGUCGACGCCAUCCGCUGCAUCACGCACAUCGCGGAUUCGAACGGUAGCCUCACCGUCACCCUCGCCAACGGCCUCCCCGUGGUGCUGUAUCCCGCAUCCCGGCUCACGGGUAGCGAUAUCUGCCCGGAUCCGACCGGCGACGGUGCCAGCCCGACAUCCGCCGCUUCAGCUAGUACUUCUAGCAAGCCGACCUCGACUAGCACGCCUACCUGUUCAUUGGCGACGGUGGACAUCACCUUCACCGAGCUCGUGACUACCGCAUGGGGUGACACAGUCAAAGUGACCGGCAGCGCCUCCUCCCUCGGCAGCUGGAACCCAGACAAGGCAGUGGCUUUGAGCGCGUCGCAGUACUCGUCCGGCAACCCCCUCUGGUCCGGCACUGUCAAACUCGCGCCCGGAACGGUGGUUGAGUACAAGUUCAUCCGGGUCAGCAGCUCGGGGACGGUCACCUGGGAAUCUGACCCCAACCGCACAUACACGGUCCCUUGCGCGGCGGCCACUGUCAGCAGUACCUGGAGAUGA